UAAACAUCAGCGGGAACUGAGGGUCAUUCCGGCCUUUUCAAUAAUUUAAAGUUGAAAAACAAGAAAGUCGGCGCAACGGAAUCAUUCGGUACUGGAUUUCAAUCCAGACAAAUUUUGUUUGAAUAUCCAAUCUGAGGUUUGUAAAAGCGGCGGUGUAACGUGGUUGUAAAUGGGGCCCAAAAUACAAAAGGAGGCCGUAUAUUAAAAGGAAUUGGGGAUUGAUCACAUCCAGGUCAUAUUCUCUUUUCCAACACAUAACCACAAGGUGCACUUAAGUACUGUAGUGAGGGAGGGUUUCAGAAGCGCGCGCAUCUUUCAGUUCUGUCUGCUCAGUUAUUGGUGUGCGAAAAUUAACUUUAAUAGUAAGCUUGUUCCAUGGAGGAUGAUAAGAGAGCAAGUGCUAAGGUUGAAGAAGGAGAAACACAAGAUGUAAAAGAGAAUGGACGAGUGUCAGAGUCAGAAAAAUCUGUAAGUACUGAGUUGGAUUUACCAUCAGAACAAUCUUCAAGGCGGCCAUUCACUUCCCUCAGCCAGGAAGAUUCAGACAUGGCUCUUGCUCGGGCUUUGCAAGAACAGGAACGGGCAUAUAUGCUGCUCCAAAUGAAUGCAGAAUCUAGUGACCAUGAAACAUCUGGAAGUGGCAGUUAUGAACAUGAAGACUAUAUCAAUGAUGGUGGUGAGAAUGAAGAGUUUGAUGCCAUUGCUGAUGAACUUGAGGCCCAUGCAUUGGUUGAUGAUCCAAAUGAAGAGAUCGAUCCUUCAUUAUUUGAUAGCGAUGAAGCUUAUGCAAGGGCACUUCAGGAUGCUGAAGACCGUGAAAUGACUGCCCGUAUGAUGGCUUUGGCUAAUCAGUGGGAGGAAGAUGAUAAUGAAGACAAUGAUGGAAGCUCUCAGGAUGAUCGAUGGCAAGAUGUUGAUCCGGACAAUAUGUUGUAUGAGGAACUAGUGGCACUAGGUGAAGUGGUUGGGACUGAAAGCAAAGGUCUUGAGCCAGAUGCAAUCUCUUCUUUACCCUUGUCCAAAUAUGUUCAACAAAGUCCAAGUUCAAGCAACUGUGAGCAGUGUGUCAUUUGUCGUGUGGAAUAUGAAGAAGAAGAUACAAUCUUGACACUUCCCUGCAAGCAUUGGUACCAUUCUGAUUGCAUCAAAGAUUGGCUUAAAAUAAAUAAGGGGAUGUCUCUAUUUGCCAACAAUGAUUCUUGGAGCGAGUUGUUAUUCUCUUUUACUAAACCGUUUCAUUGCAUAACAAUUCAUGGCUGUCAGAUAAAUAAGAUUACUGAUGUUAAUGUAAUCAUGGUCAACAACGUCGCCUUCGAAGAGUCAAAUAUAACGAUCUAAUAUAACUAGAAAACAUUGUCAUUGCUUUAUAGUUUUGGUGUUUUCUAUUAUCAUCGAUGCUCUUUCAAGCCGUCCUCCUUCGUAUGAAUGAAUGCUGACCAAUUAAGUUGCUGUGUAUUGUCUUUCUGAUAAUUAAUGAAUCUUCUUAAAGAGUUACUUCUGUUCAAAGAUAAUAAAGUCUUCUCUUAAUGUAAUAAUUUCUUCAAUUUCUUCUAAUAAUAUAAAUUUAUAUAUUCAUGAAUUUAUUUAUUACUUCAUUUAUUUCUGAUUAUAUUGCUAUGUUAGUGAAUAUCAUUAUU